UUUGUUGCAAUUUUUUCUUAUGCCAUUUUUCAUUUACUAUUACUGUCUGUUACAGAAUUUGGAAAAACAAUACAAGUGUAGCAUUAAGGAUUAUUGUAAUUGAUGUUUGCAUGAGAUCAAUGGAGAGCAGUGACAUAUCAGUUGAUGGUGUAAGAGCUAGUAGUUCUAACGUAUGGAUGAACCAUAGUAUGGAUGUUUUUUCAACAUCUGAACGUGAACGUGAAGAUGAUGAAGAAGCUCUCAAAUGGGCAGCAAUAGAGAGACUCCCAACAUAUCUAAGGAUUAGGAGAAGUAUACUCAAAGAUGCAGAAGGGAAAGGAAGAGAAGUUGAUAUCAAGCAACUAGGAUUAACAGAGAGAAAGAUUCUGCUAGAGAGACUUGUCAAGAUUGCAGAAGAUGACAAUGAAAAGUUCUUGUUGAAACUCAAGGAAAGAAUGGACAGAGUUGGACUUGAUAUUCCAACAAUUGAAGUUCGAUUUGAGCAUGUGAAUGUGGAAGCACAUGUUUAUGUUGGAAGCAGAGCAUUGCCUUCGUUACUCAACUUCUUUGUUAAUGUGCUAGAGGGAUUCUUAAAUUAUCUUCACAUCAUUCCAAGUCCAAAGAAACCGCUACAUAUCCUUCAGAAUGUUUGUGGAAUCUUAAAGCCUCGAAGAAUGACAUUGCUUUUAGGGCCACCAGGUUCUGGGAAGACCACUUUGCUGUUGGCACUGGCUGGAAAACUUGGUAAAGAUUUGAAGCGUUCUGGGAUGGUAACAUACAAUGGGCAUGGGCUAGAAGAGUUUGUGCCCCAAAGGGUAUCAGCUUAUAUAAGUCAACAUGAUAACCACAUUGGAGAAAUGACUGUGAGAGAAACACUAGCUUUCUCAGCAAGAUGUCAAGGGGUUGGACAGAAUUAUGAGAUGUUGACUGAACUACUAAGAAGAGAGAAAGAGGCAAAGAUUAAACCAGAUCCUGAUAUUGAUACCUAUAUGAAGGCAGCAGCACUAGAAGGACAACAGGCCAGCGUGGUCACAGACUAUAUUCUUAAGAUUUUGGGACUUGAAGUCUGUGCUGAUAUUAUGGUAGGAGAUGGAAUGAUAAGAGGUAUCUCAGGAGGGCAGAGAAAAAGAGUGACAACAGGGGAGAUGCUGGUUGGACCUAUAAGGGUGUUGUUAAUGGAUGAGAUAUCAACUGGUUUGGACAGUUCCACAACUUUUCAAAUAAUCAGCUCAAUUCGUCAGUCCAUCCAUAUUCUCAAUGGGACUGCACUUGUCUCUCUGCUACAGCCAGCUCCAGAAACUUAUGAACUAUUUGAUGAUAUAAUACUCCUAACAGAUGGGCAAAUUGUGUACCAAGGACCAAGAGAAAAUGUAAUUGAGUUUUUUGAAUCAAUGGGUUUCAAGUGUCCUGAAAGAAAAGGAGUUGCUGACUUCUUACAAGAAGUGACAUCAAGAAAAGAUCAAUGGCAAUAUUGGGCACAUAAAGAUGAGCCUUACAGCUUUGUUACUGUGAAGGAUUUUGCCGAAGCAUUCCAGUUAUUUCACAUAGGUCAAAAACUUGGAGAUGAGCUAGCCAAUCCUUUUGACAAGUCUAGAUGCCAUCCAAAUGCAUUGACCACAAAGAAGUAUGGUGUUAACAGGCAUGAGCUGCUGAGAGCUUGCGCUAGCAGAGAAUUUUUGCUUAUGAAGCGAAAUUCGUUUGUCUACAUAUUCAAAGCCACCCAACUUAUUUAUUUAGCUAUCAUGACAACAACAUUAUUUCUACGAACUAAGAUGCACCGAGAUACUGUGGAGGAGGGAGGAACUUACAUGGGUGCUCUUUUCUUCACAGUCAUUGUAGCAUUGUUCAAUGGAAUAUCAGAGCUAAAUAUGGCCAUCAUGAAACUUCCUGUCUUUUUCAAGCAAAGGGACCUUCUUUUCUAUCCUUCGUGGGCUUAUUCUCUUCCCCCAUGGAUUCUCAAAAUACCAAUAACCCUUAUAGAAGUUGCCAUCUGGGAAGGCAUCUCUUACUAUGCCAUUGGCUAUGAUCCAAGUUUUUUAAGACUUUUAAAACAGUACUUGGUGAUCCUGUGCAUUAACCAGAUGGCAUCUGCACUAUUUCGGUUGAUGGCAGCAAUAGGAAGGGAUGUUGUAGUUGCAAACACUGUUGGAUCAUUUGCAUUACUAGUAGUUAUGGUUUUGGGAGGAUUUGUGAUUUCACGAGAGGAUGUCCACAAAUGGUUUCUGUGGGGUUAUUGGUCCUCACCACUGAUGUAUGGACAGAAUGCUAUAGCUGUGAAUGAAUUUCUUGGGCGUAGUUGGAGUAAGGUGACUGCUAAUUCCAAUGAAACACUGGGAGUUUUGAUACUGAAAACUCGUGGAUUUUUCCCAGAAGCUUACUGGUAUUGGAUUGGAGUAGGAGCAUUGAUUGGUUAUGUUUUUCUAUUUAAUUUUCUCUUCACCUUAGCCUUGCAAUAUCUAAGUCCAUUCAGAAAUGAUCAAGCAGGGCUAUCACAAGAAAAAUUGCUCGAGAGAAAUGUUUCAACAGCUGAAGAGUUCACUCAAUUACCAACACAAAAGAGCUCUAAUGAAGCAAGUAUAUCAUCCAGGUCGUUUUCUGGAAGAGUUAGUCAUGAUAAAGCUAGUAAAAGUGGAAGGAGGGGCAUGGUUCUUCCUUUUCAACCUCUAUCCCUCACUUUUGAUGAGAUCAGAUAUUCUGUAGACAUGCCACAGGAAAUGAAAAAUCAAGGGGUUUUAGAGGAUCGUCUUGAACUUUUGAAGGGUGUUAGUGGUGCUUUUAGGCCUGGAGUACUAACAGCUCUGAUGGGUGUAAGUGGUGCCGGCAAGACUACUCUGAUGGAUGUUUUAGCUGGAAGGAAAACUGGUGGAUAUAUUGAAGGAUGCAUCACAAUAUCUGGGUACCCAAAGAAUCAAGAAACAUUUGCUCGCAUAUCAGGAUAUUGUGAACAAUUUGAUAUCCACUCACCCAAUGUUACAGUUUAUGAAUCUUUGCUAUAUUCUGCAUGGCUUAGAUUACCCCCUGAAGUAGAUCAUGCAACUAGAAAGAUGUUCAUUGAGGAAGUUAUGGAGCUUGUAGAGCUUAACUCACUAAGAGAAGCACUUGUUGGAUUGCCAGGAGAGACUGGACUUUCAACUGAGCAGCGCAAGAGGCUUACAAUUGCAGUUGAACUUGUGGCCAACCCAUCAAUAAUAUUCAUGGAUGAGCCAACGUCUGGUCUUGAUGCUAGAGCAGCUGCAAUUGUUAUGAGAACCGUGAGGAACACUGUGGACACAGGACGUACUGUGGUUUGCACCAUCCACCAGCCAAGUAUUGAUAUAUUUGAUGCCUUUGAUGAGCUACUACUUCUGAAAUUGGGAGGGGAGCAAAUAUAUGCUGGUCCAUUAGGCCGCCACUGUUCCAUUUUGAUUCAGUACUUUGAGGCUAUUCAAGGAGUUCCUAAGAUCAGAGAUGGUUAUAAUCCUGCAACCUGGAUGUUGGAAGUUACAUCAGCAGGAACAGAAGCAAGCCUUAAGGUCGACUUUACUAAUGUGUACAAAAACUCAGAACUACACCGGAGAAACAAACAAUUGAUCCAGGAGCUCAGCACACCUUCUCAAGGUUCAAAAGAACUAUACUUUAAUAGUCAGUACUCGCAGAGUUUCGUGGCACAAUGCAAAGCUUGCCUAUGGAAACAGCAUUUAUCAUAUUGGCGCAACACAUCAUAUACUGCAGUUAGACUCCUAUUUACAACAAUAAUAGCUUUAUUGUUUGGGGUCAUAUUUUGGGAGAUUGGUUUGAAAAGGAGAAAGGAGCAAGAUCUUUUCAAUGCAAUGGGUUCAAUGUAUGCUGCAGUUACCUUCAUUGGAGUACAGAAUGGUGCCUCAGUGCAGCCUAUAAUUGCAGUUGAGAGAACAGUCUUCUAUAGAGAGAGAGCUGCUGGAAUGUAUUCAGCUUUGCCAUAUGCUCUUGCACAGGUUAUUAUCGAACUUCCCCACAUCUUGGCUCAGACCCUGAUAUAUGGGAUUAUAGUAUAUGCAAUGAUGGGAUUCGAUUGGACAGUAUCAAAGUUCUUGUGGUAUAUUUUCUUCAUGUACUUCACUUUCUUGUACUACACCUUCUAUGGUAUGAUGACCAUGGCCAUAACUCCAAACCCACACGUUGGGGCCAUAUUGUCCUCUUCAUUCUAUGCAAUAUGGAGCCUUUUCUCAGGCUUCAUCAUUCCCUUAUCGAGAAUACCCAUAUGGUGGAAGUGGUACUAUUGGAUUUGCCCAGUUGCAUGGACCUUGUAUGGAUUGGUGGCUUCCCAAUAUGGAGAUGACAUGAACAAACUUGAGAAUGGUCAAAGGGUUGAAGAAUUUGUGAGGAGUUACUUCGGGUUUGAACAUGACUUUCUAGGAGUGGUUGCAGUUGUGGUGGCUGGUUUCUCAGUGUUGUUUGCACUUAUCUUCGCCUUUGGAAUCAAAGCAUUCAAUUUCCAAAAACGAUAAAAACCACUCUUCCAGAGCGUUCAUACAUCCCCAUAUGAAGCAUUAUGCUUAUGUUAUGAAAUCUCAGUCACAAUUUCAAUGGAAAAAUGCAGGCUACUCCUGACGGCUGAACUGGAGUUUUGCAAUUCCGUUAUAAGAUUCUUUGACAAAUACAUCGGUUGAAACCCAAAUACUAAAUCCUAGGUUGUCCUUUUGAUAUAGGUAGUUAUUCUUUCUUUGCAUGAGGAAGUAGAAAGGGAUAGUCAUUCAAAUGAGUAUAUAAUAUAUAAUACUGCAGCAAUAUGUAAGUAUCAACUUUUAAGCACUUUAUAAUAUGUUCAUACUAAA